CCCAUAUAGACAACUAAACGAGAAACCCUAAGUGCUCGAUUGUCAUCUCUUUCGUCAGCCUCUUAGAGUUUCAGUUCCUUCUCUUUUUGCCAAAACAGCUGCUGCGAAAAAAUCUGAAAAUGGCACCAAAGAAAGGAGUUAAAGCGGUUACCAAGAAGAAGUCGGAGAAAGUGACAAACCCUCUCUUCGAGAGGCGUCCCAAGCAGUUUGGGAUCGGAGGAGCACUCCCACCGAAGAAGGAUCUCACCAGAUACAUCAAAUGGCCAAAGUCUAUCCGCCUCCAGAGGCAGAAGCGUAUUCUGAAGCAGAGGUUGAAGGUUCCACCGGCACUUAACCAGUUCACUAAGACCCUUGACAAGAACUUAGCGACUUCUCUGUUCAAGAUGAUGCUCAAGUAUAGGCCUGAGGACAAGGCAGCCAAGAAGGAGCGUCUUCUUAAGAAGGCUCAGGCUGAGGCUGAAGGAAAGACUGUUGAAUCCAAGAAGCCAAUUGUUGUGAAGUAUGGUCUUAACCAUGUUACAUACCUCAUUGAGCAGAACAAGGCGCAACUGGUGGUGAUAGCUCAUGAUGUGGACCCGAUUGAGUUGGUCGUCUGGUUGCCUGCACUGUGCAGGAAAAUGGAAGUUCCUUACUGCAUUGUCAAGGGGAAAUCACGAUUGGGAGCGAUUGUCCACCAGAAAACAGCAGCUUGUUUGUGUUUGACCACAGUGAAGAACGAGGACAAGAUGGAGUUCAGCAAAAUCCUCGAGGCCAUUAAGGCAAACUUCAACGACAAGUAUGAAGAGUACAGGAAGAAGUGGGGAGGUGGAAUUAUGGGAUCUAAAUCUCAGGCCAAGACCAAGGCUAAGGAGAGAGUUCUAGCCAAGGAAGCUGCUCAGAGGAUGAAUUAGACCUGCCUUCAUUUUACUUCUUUUUGGUGGAAUCUUGUUUUAAAACUCAAAUGAAAGUCUUUUCUUCUAGCUCAUCAUGGGUUCUCUCUAGAUGCUAGCAUUUCUUGCUUGAAUACCUUAGAUUUCAACUUGAGGUUUACAUAAUUACUUUUUGAUAAGAAUAAAAAUUGCGUAGUUGAUG